UUCCUUGGAAAACAAUGCUCAUUCAUUUUCCCAGAAAAUUGGACCCUUCAUCCUCACUUUUUGAGCAGGGAAGAAGCCAGCUCCAUUCCUUUCUCACUAAAACAGCUUCCAGACAUCCUCAACCUAUUCUCAAUACCUCAAGGAUCUCUCCAAGCCAAAUCCAUGGAAGGAACCCUAGUUCAAUGCGAGCAAGAACAUAAGGGGGAGAGAAAAGCUUGUGUUACUUCAUUAGAAUCCAUGCUUGAUUUCGUAAGCUCUGUCUUCGGAUUAGAAGGAAAUACCCAUUUCAAAGCUCUAACCACCCAGCUCCCAAAUUCAUCAAUUUCAUGUCUUUUCCAAAACUACACCAUAUUGGAAAUUUCUUCAUCCGAGAAAAUGGUGGUUUGUCACAUAUUAGCUUAUCCUUAUGCAGUGUUGUAUUGCCACAGCCAAGAGAGUGGGAAUAAAGCAUUCAAGGUUGUACUUGUUGGGGAUGAUGAUGGUAGCAGGGUGGGAGCAGUUGCUGUUUGCCACGGGGACACGUCGGAAUGGAGCGCCGACCACAUGGCAUUCCGGCUGGCCGGAAUGAGGCCAGGAAUGCCGAUUUGUCAUUGCUUCUCAGCCAACAAUGUUAUAGGGUUUCUGCGACUACCACUAAAAAUUAAUAUAAUGUCUAUAUAUGCUUGCUUGCUAUUAAAAGGUUAUGUAAUAUUAAAGCUCAAAAGGAAUCUCUGGAGAGUGCUGGAUUUUUCUCUGUUUUUGGUUCCUUUCCUGGGUUGA